AAGUUUCCAUCGUGCACUCGUGCUAAUGACAGAUAAGUCAUAAAAAACUUUCAAAUUAAAAUAACAUUUCAAAACAGUUAACAGAUUAUAAUAUAUUUGAAAAACAUUAACAUAUCAUUGAAUACUAUGGUAAUUUGUCGAUAUUUUCAACAAGGUAAUUGCCGUUUUGGUAAUACCUGCAGGAAUGAACAUGCAUACAACAGUCAAUAUAAUUAUCAAAGUUCUGCAGCCCCUGUUCGACAACCACAACAGAAUGUGGUUACAAAUAGUCCACAAAAUGAAAUUGCAAUUCAAAUACGUUCGAUAAUUACUGAUAUGAAUGCCGCUGAACAGGGUAAACAAUGGCUGUUAUCGUGUUAUGGACCGUUUAAGGGAAAAGCAAAUUUUCCAACAUUUGAAGAUCAUUCAUUUGAAGAAAUUCGAUGGAUGAUAUAUAAUGCACAAAAACAGGGAAAUAGUGAUGCAGUUAUUCAACUAUAUACACAAAUGGUACAAGAAGCUAAACGAAAAUUUACAUAUUAUCAAACACCAACACGCGAAUUAAUCGACACCAUAAAAAAUUUAUACAGCACAACAGAUACCGCUAAAACUACCCCACCAAAUUUUGGAAAUAAUACACCAGUAAUAAAUCAAGCAAAUAAUGCACCCACACAAAAUUUUACUAACACGAAUUCGAUAUUUAAUCAAGCAAAUUCACAAACAAUCCAACCAAAUCGUAAUCAAUCGAUAUUUGGUGGAGCAAAUCAACAACAAUCGAAUAAUGUUUUCAGCGGAGCUAUUAAUCAAUCAUUUCCAUAUAAUUCUCAAACAAAUAAUGUCUUCCAAACAGCAACGAAUCAAUCCAAUAGUAUAUUUAAUACGAAUACUCAAAAUACAACAUCCACAAAUAACGUUUUUGGACAAGCUAAUCCAAAACCUGAAAACACAAAUGUGUUUGGAACGGCGAGUAAUGCGUUCGGAUCAACAAAUAAUGGAACUACAAAUGUAUUUGGUUCAUCAAAUGGUGGUACAAUCAGUAAUGGAACAACAAAUGUUUUUGGAGCAACUAAUAAUGCCAGUAAUGCAACGACAAAUAUGUUUGGAUCAACAACUAGUGGCUCAGCCAAUAAUGGAACAACGAAUGUAUUUGGAUCCACAAAUAGUGGAACAUCAAAUAAUGGAUCAACAAAUGUAUUUGGAUCCACAAAUAGUGGAACAUCAAAUAAUGGAACAACAAAUGUAUUUGGAUCCACAAAUAGUGGAACAUCAAGUAAUGGAACAACAAAUGUAUUUGGAGCAACAAAUAGCCCGUUAGCACAAAAUACAAAUAUAUUUAGCUCAAAUACACCACUUGCUCAAAAUACGAAUGUUUUCGGUGGUAAUCAACCAGCUAAUAGUCCUUUAGCAAAUAAUGUUUUUGGAUCAAAUCAAUUUAACACAUUUCAAUCACAACAAAACAGUGUUUUCGCUCAAAAUCCAACAAAAAACGAUAAUAUUUUUGUUAACAGUUCAAUGGCACCAUUACAAAAUGUAUUUAGUACACAAAAUGUUGUGGAUAAUUCAAAACAAUUGGUAAAUCCUUUUAUCAGCAAUCAACCAUCAUCAGUGUUUGGUAAUGGUGUAAAUUCUACGAAUUCGCAAAUAAAACAAGAAAGUUCUGAUAAUGUUCAAAUUUAUUCGAAAAUUGAAGAUCUAUCAGAAACAGAUAUAAAAGCAUUUCAAAGUGAACGUUUUGAAUUUGGAUGUAUACCCAUUUUACCCCCACCAUCAUCUCUUUGUUAUGCAUCAUAAAUUCAUAAGUUAGCGAGGGUUUAUUUGGAAUUCUAAUUAGCAAAAUCUAUUUCGCUAGUUUCCGUAGAUAUCUUAUUUCGUUGCUCGUUUGUCUCUGUUUAUAGGCUUAGAGCCAGUGCACAUUUUAGUUACUCAUUUUAUUAAGCUCCGAAAUUUCAGGAAUUGCUGUCAAGAUUAUAACGGAAGAGUUCUCCUUUAGAUCACUCGAAAAAUUUUAACCACGACCUUGAUAAUAAUCUCAAGAUUGGUUGUCAAAUUGUAUACCAGCUCUAGACCUAUUAUAUUCCGUUUGAUUUUAUUGAACAUGUUAAUGUUUCUUUCAAAUAUUCCUAAAGGACGCAGAAAUUUUCAUUGACAGACCGAUUUAGAUCGUAAGAUAGUGACAAAUUUGCAUGUUUCAUUUUUUCGUUUCCGUCUUUUAGGGGACUGAAAAGUAUUUCGAUUUUAACUAAAAAGUAGUGAAAUUUGCAAGUGAACUGUGUGGAAAACAAAAAAAAUUCGUUAACCAUUUUUAGGUCCUUGAUAUUAUUUAGGCACCUUAGGUUAAUAUUUUUUGGGGGCCUUAUGGUAUCCAUUUGCAUACUUUAGUUUGGCAGAACACUUUCCAAUGCUUAUUCUAUCGUAAAAUGCAUUCAGUAAACAUGAUUAAGCUGACA